AUGCCCGGAGAAGCCCUCAAAGCCCCGGAGGCGGCGGCGCUGCUGGCCAAGGAGCCCGGCGUCCGGAGGGCACCUGAGACAGAUGGCUCUCGGAACAACUCCGCCUCCUCGACCCCAAGCGGCGAUGCCCUGACGCCCUUGCAGAUCUCCCCGGUGGUGACGCCCGGCUGCCAGGCCGACCUCCCCCUGGACCCCACCCUCUGCAGCAAAGGUGUGCCGGCUUUCCUGCUGGCGAAGAAAGAAGACCGACCUCAGCCGGAAGGGGCCAGUUGCGACAUGGCUGCGGGCGGUGCCGCGGCGGGCCUCGUGGCCCUGAGCGAAUGUGGCCAGGUCCUGAUGGAGCAGGCCCCGAAAGCCGCCCAGGUGGUCCCCAAAGGCCUCGGGGAGCCUCCCAGCGUGGACAUGCUGGACACCAGGAUCGUGAUGGGAGAGGAGACGCAGUGCCUGGGGGGGCAGGAAGACGUGGCGGGGGCUGAGCUGCAGGCUGCCGCCACCAAACCUGGCAUCUCGGAAGACGGCUCAGGCGAGGAGGAAACAAGCGACGUGGAAGUUCAGGUCCCGGAGGCUGCAAAGGAGCCUCCCGCUCCGGUCGCAAGAGACUUGAGCGAGCGCCAAGCCCGGCUGUCUCUGCCCGGCCUCUUGAAGCACAAGGAGCCGGAGGCAGCGGCAGCGGUGCCAUCUGUCUCUCAGGGCGAACCGACGGCUGACGUGCCUUCCCCACCUCCUGCCCCUGCCCCUGCCAAAGACUUUCCCCUGGAGUUGGCCGAGGCCCAAGCCCUGCCGGUCAGGCCCCAGGGCGGGCUGGACCCGGAGCUCUACUUUACGGCUCCCUCCACCCCGAUCCGGACUGUGUUUUCCCACCUCAGGCAGCCCCCGUUCUCCAAAGAGGGCCUGAGCGAGGAGCAGGCCGACACGGACAACGAGGGCCUCUGCUCGCCGCCCACCUCGCCCUCGGGCUCCUACAUCACCGCCGAGGGCGGCAGCUGGGCCUCUUCGGGCACCGCCAGCACCUCCCCCUCCUGCUCGCCCAACCUGAUGGCCGAGUCGGAAGCCCUGGAAGCCCCGUUGGAGCUGGAGCUGGCGGAGGGGCAGGCGAGGCUGCCCGGGGCGUCCCGCCUGCCUCCGGACUUGGAAGGGAAGGGGACCUUCCAAACGCUCUCUUCCAACACUUUAGUGCAGCCCUCGUUUCCCGCAGAAGAUGAUGAGGAAGGCGAAGAUGACGGGCAGACGACUCCGGAGGAAGACGAAGACUGGGGCUCCGAAAUGGCUGCCGGUAGGCCCGUCCCUCAGCGGCCCAGCCUGUCUUCGCCAAAGAGUGAGGACAGCUCUGGGGACGAAGCAGACCUGAGCUCCGGGACCUUGGCCCACAAGCUCUUUGAGGAGGAGAAGGACUUGCCUUCUUACAACGUGGGAGCCGGAGACUCUCCGAAGGGGGUUGCUGGAUCUGAACCCGGACCCUUGCCCCAUCCACUCGUUGCCUUCCCUGGGUCUCCGUCGGAGCUCGGCAGCACGUCCGUGCUGAGCCCCUCCGAGGCUGAGGUGUCCGACAGGCCGCAAGCGGAGACCCCAGCUUCCUCCCCCGACGACGGCGUGGACAGCGCCGCGAAUGAGCAGAUGAUUUCGGCCUUGCUUCUGCCCUUCCGCGGGAGCCUCCUCUUUGAGGCGGAGUCUGUGGAGAUCACGCUGUUCCCCCAGGGGGAGGUGCCAGCGGAGAACGACGCCCUCUACGGCGUCGAGGACGACGACAGUGCCUCGGCCUCCUUCCUGCACUCGCUCUCGGAGACCUCCAUCAACGAAGGGGUGGACGAGUCCUUCGCUUACCAGGACGACACCUCGCCAUCCUCUGACUCCGCCUCCUACAACGGGGAGGAGGACGAGCGGCUCUACAGCGUCGAGCAGUACGCGGUGGUCGCGGAAGAGGCUGGUGGAGAGCCCGCGUUGGCCAGCGAAGGCGUGGAGCCAGGGCCCUCCUGCUCGGGCAGUGAGAGCGAGAUGGAGACGUCGUCAGAUGCUUACAACACGGAUGAGGAUGCGGCCGCCACAGCCGCAUGCAGAAGGCAAGCGCAGGCCCAGGGAGAGCCUGAGGGGAGAGGCUCCUUCCGGGAUGAGGCCACAGAGGACGAGGCGCCCUGUGGGGGCCAAGCCGCAGCUCCGAGCCCCUUUGAGACAGCGGCUGUCCCCAGGCAGCAAGCCGUGCCGAAUCUCGAAGAUCCCGGUGAUUCUUCCGAGUGUUUGGGAGGCAGCAGUGUUUCUCCCAUUGGCCAAGGGUGGGGGUCUCCUCUGGAGCAGGACAUGGCAGCUACUUCAGGACCGUUGGCUCAGGAGACCAGAAGCGAAGACGACGAGUCUCCAAGGGGAACGCCCCCCUUUCACACCUCCUCAGAGCACCAGUCUCUGUUGGACGCCCAAGAGGCCUUGGAGAAAGGCGGCCCCGAUCCCGGAGAGUGUCUCAUCGCCUGCUUUGACACGGACGAAGAGGCAGACACCCUGCCUCCUUUGGACAAUGCCACAGGGGAGCCUCAGCCGGUGGGCCAGAUUGUGGAAGGAUGGAUAGGCCAGGUUUGUGUGGGAACCGCCAUCCCGCUGGGAUGGGAUCCAAAGCCGUGUCCUGCUCAGCUUGCGGCGCCGGCGGCGAGAGAGGUGAGUGACGCGUCUGCCUUUGAUAUCGGUGCCAGGCUGAAAGAGUCUGAGGAACGGCUGCUAGAGCUCCUUGACCAAGACGGUGCCUCAGGAGGUGGUUCCGUGGACUUGGGGAGACCGAAUGGAGGGACGUUGGACAUGGAGCCAGAGAAGAAGGAGGCGCCAUUUGCAUCCCUCCUGGAAUCUUCCGAGGCGGCCAUCUUGGAGCAGCCGGAAGUGAUCCGAGCCGACAGCGAGCCAACAGAGGAGUGCCUUAUUGCCUGCUUUGAGUCGGAGGACGAACUUGAGGCCUCCUCUCUCGACCAGAUGAACAACAAUGAGGACGGUGUGGUGGUGACAUUUCCGGAGGUGAAACCUGACUCUCAGCCCCUCAUGGGGCUCGGCGAGACACAGGAGAAAGUGCUUGUGGCAGCCAGUGAGGUCAACUUGGAGGCAGCAGCGCCUCUGCCCCACACAGAUGAGGGGGAGCUUUCUGAAGUUCCAAAUUGGGACGUGCCUGGGAUGCUGGGAGGCACAAAGGAGCCAGAGAGGGAGGCCUACGCCGGACAUCUCUCCACGAAGGAGCCGGCACGAGGGCAGGGGGGAAUCCCCGAACCUCUCACACCAUGCUUGGAGACUGGCGAAGCCAAAGAUGCCAACAGGAGAGAGGUUCCACCCAGCGAUCGCCACCAUGGGCCGUCACUGCCAGAAACGGGUAGCCAUUUUGAGGAAGCUGCAGAGGAAACUGUAGAGCAUGCUGAGGGCCUCUUGUCUCAGCUGAGGCAAGAGGCUCCUGUAGGGCAUGACCAGCCAGAGGAAGCGGCUGAGGAGUUGGAGGAGCAACAUCAAGUGUUGUUGGACAAGGGUGAUGUUGACCAGAGUUGGGAAACUCCAUCGGAGGAAGAGGAGACAGCUUCUGAACUCGAAAGUGAAGAAUGCAGCAGAGCGGACUCGGUUGCCGAAAUCCCGCCAGUAGAAGGAGCGGCUCAGCUUGGAGACCAGCUUGGAAUGAAACACUUUCCCGCGGAUGCCCUGGGGCUGCUGGGAUCGGGAGCCCUCACGGCUCUGGGAGGCGAUGCUUGCUCCCUGGCCGUCAAGCCUCCUGACCUGCGAGACGAUAACAUGAAUGUGUUGCAGGCCGAGAGUCAUGAGACGACUCGCGUCCCGCCUCGUCUUGCUGAUGGCAACGGUCCACCCUUGCCCGCAAGCCCUAACGAAGAGGAAGAGGAGAGACGGGUUUCCACCACUGGGGAUCUGACCAGCCAAGUCAGCCACCCUGAGUCAGCAGGUAGGAAGGAGGCCACCGAAUGGCCCCAGCUUGGGGGCAUUCAGGAUCUAGACUCCCUGGCAACAACCAAAGAUGCCAAGCUAGUAGUUCCACAGGGGCCGGAGGCUCGGGGCAGUGUGGCACGUGCGGAACCGCCGGCUUCGGAUGGCCAUCGCCCUUCGGAGACCAAAGCUUGGGAAGCCAAGGCCACCCCAGGGCCUCCCCCAUUGGGAACCAUUCCUGCUGCACCCUCCAGAGAUGGUGCCGGUGACCUGCCCAAGCAACAGCCACAGUUGCCCAAGAAGACCUUUGCCCAAGCUCUGCUUCAGGGUCUCCUCCCUGUUCUGGAUGCUGAACUCAUCUGUCCGGCAAAGGAGCGGGAUCUAAUACUAUCUUCCCCGGAGCAGCUUGAGGCCUCCACCUCCCGCUCUUACACGGAUUCUAGCUUUUUCACAGCUGCCGAGGAUAGUUUCAGUGAGACCACUGUGCUGGCUAGUUCUCCGGACCCUGAGAGAGGCAACGAAGAACUCCCGACUCCUGAGCAAAUGUGGGGCAGCCCAGGCCAGGUAGUGGAGGAGAGGCCCCCUCCGCCGCCGGAACCGCCGGUGGCUCCAUCCAAGUUGGAGCAUCCGGUGGCUGAGACUGAAACUGUUGAAGCUGAACGCUCAGCAAUGCCGCUGAAGAUCUCUCCAGCCGAGGAACCUUUGCAGCAGAGCAUGGCCGUGGGUCUGCGAUACUCUGCUCUCGCCCAGACGCCUUGCUCAGCCGUCCCACGCCGGGCUGCGUCACAAAGGAGUCCAUUUCCAGUGCUUGGCAGCAGCCAGCGACUCUUCUUUGCUUCUGAAGAGGAGAUCUAUUUGACAGAGCCCAAAGCUGCUCAACAUGACCUUUCCAGUGGAAAUGUAGAAAUGGAGCACGCUGGGGCUGCAGAAGCUUCGGAGACCUGCAAUGCAGCCCUGACUGAGCCUGACAUGGUCACCGCGGGGAGAUUACCGGCUGCCCGAGCCCGGCUUGAUCCGCUGGGUGCCUUGUUGCUGGGUGCCGCUGGAGGAGUGGCGUCUCCGGACGUUCUAGCAGAUCAGCGGCAAAUAACUAGCAUGUUGCAAGGCUCCUUUGGGGGCGUGAGCAGUGUCAUCACUAGUCAACUCGUAGCAGAAGCCCAGAGCCUACUUGGUCACCUUAAGGAGAGCGUCUUGGAGAACUCCUCCGGAGAACUCACGCCAGAGUUGUCAGAGACGAGAGAUUCCGAAGAGGAGUCGGAGUCUCCGGCUUCUCCGGAUGACGUUGCUGCUGCCGGUGAAGACGUGGACGCCUGGCAACCUUGUGAGGAAGGCGUGGGCAAAGACGAACGGGAGGCGGAGGGGCGGGAAACUCCUCCGCCUGAAGGAGAGGACGUGGCCCCCGUUUCAGAGGUGGUGGAGAGGCCUGCCAACCAGCUGGUGGCUUCCGGCUCAGAAGAAGCAGGCCAGCUAGCCCAAGAUAGCAUCUGCUUGUCCAGUGAUGAUGAGGCAGAGGCAGCGGAGGCGGUUGAUGGAAGGACCGCUCCAGUCCUGCCGGAAGAGCUGCCACUCCAGAGUCUGGGAUCCGAUGUUACGGCAGAAGAGAGAAUCGAGAAGAGAGAAUUGGAAGAGACGAGAUUAGAAGGUACCACUGCGGAGGCUAGUCAAGUGGAGAAGGAUCAGGAGGAGGAAGAAGAACCAGUUCCCUCAAAAGAUCUCUCUGGAAGCCUGGGAGACCUCAGCCCUGAAGCCACCUUCUGGCCCACGGACUCCGCUGCUCCUCGCUCUCAGGCGCCUCGGCCGUUGGAAGCCUCGUCACAAGGGUCUCUUGCUGCUCCUUCGCCCCCGGAGCGCCCCCCAUCUCGUCCCUUAGAGGGGGCUCCCAUCUCGCCGCCUCCAUCUCCACCAUCUGAGCCCUCAGAAGUGCCUGCUGUUUCGCCCCUGCCGCUGCCGUCGCCUCCCUCAGAGGGCCACGCCCAGGGUCCAGCCGCUACCUCGUGGCUUCCCGCUUCUACAGCGAGCCCCGACGAGGGACACGCUCCUUCCAAAGAGACCCUGCUCCUCCUGCGGGACUCCAGAAAACCUCCCGUGGAAGCUCUCGAAAUCUCCAGGCCUUUGGCGCCCUGUCGAGCCGACCCGCUUCCCAGUAGCAAAGAUUCCAGAGGCCGGAACCGGUUGCCCGGCAACAAAGACUCCCGAGGCAAGGACUCCGUCUCCACGGGCGAGAAGCGAGCCGAUCGCGGGUCCGCUCUGCUGGAGUCGUCCUCCUCCUCCAGCGAGAGGGAGCUGUCGUACCGCUGCCCGGAGAUCGAGAGCCUGAGGGAGGCAGCGGGCAUGCUGCUCUUGGAAGAGAAGAAGCCCCUGGUGGGCAAGAGUACCCAGGAGGCCAACCACAAAGGAUCUUCUAAUGACUCAGAAAGCAAUGAAGGGUCAAUCCCUGAAUUGGAAGAACCGGAGGUUUCAGAACCACGGACAGCUCAGACGCAGGCACAACUAACGCACUCCUUGGGGACCGGCGAAGAAUCCAUCAGCAAAGCGAAGCAGAGUCGGAGCGAGAAGAAAGCGCGGAAGGCCAUGUCCAAGCUGGGCUUGCGGCAAAUCCACGGCGUCACCAGGAUCACGAUCCGCAAAUCCAAGAACAUCUUGUUUGUGAUCACCAAGCCGGACGUCUUCAAAAGCCCGGCCUCGGACAUCUACAUCGUCUUUGGAGAAGCCAAAAUUGAAGACCUCUCGCAGCAGGUGCACAAGGCUGCGGCGGAGAAGUUCAAGGUCCCCGUGGAGCAUUCGCCGCUGAUCACAGAAACUGCCCCCACCCUCACCAUCAAGGAGGAGAGCGAGGAAGAAGAGGAGGUGGACGAAACGGGUCUGGAGGUGAGAGACAUCGAGCUGGUCAUGGCUCAGGCCAACGUGUCGCGUCCCAAGGCUGUGCGGGCCCUCCGGCACAACAACAACGACAUCGUCAACGCCAUCAUGGAACUGACUAUGUAGCGACCGGCUGACAACCACCUCC